CUUUAAGUGCUUCUUAUAGUGCCUUUCAUCAUCCACCCGCCGCAGUUCGAGACCCCGCCGGCGCGAACUUUUUUAUUGACGUUUCUUUUCGUCUUGUUCCGCCUUGCGAUUGCUAACCCCGCAUUCAGUCAUUGCGACCUUCAAUUCCCCUCAGACAUACAUUGAUUGCCAUCAACGUGUAUACUCAACCCCGUCAUACAAGAUGUCUUCCGCUGCCUGCAUCUUCUGCAAGAUCAUCAAGGGUGAUAUCCCUUCUUUCAAGCUCUUCGAGAGCGACAAGGUCUUUGCCUUCCUCGACAUUCAACCUCUUAGCCGUGGACACGCUCUCGUGAUCCCCAAGUUCCACGGUGCCAAGCUCACCGACAUCCCCGACGAAGAUCUUCAGGAAAUCCUGCCCGUCGCGAAGAAGAUCGCCAAGGCCGCCGGCGCCGAGGACUUCAACGUCCUUCAGAACAAUGGUCGCAUAGCGCACCAGGUUGUCGAUCAUGUUCACUUCCACAUGAUUCCCAAGCCUAACGAGAAGGAAGGUCUCGGUAUCGGCUGGCCCGCUCAGGAAUCCGAUAUGGACAAGCUGAAGGCUCUGUUCGAGGAAAUCAAGGCUAAGAUGUAAAAGUGUACGUAGUACAGAUAUAGCAAGUGCUACGGCUGCGUCUAAUUACAUACCAUGUGCUAUUAUCAA